AUGGGUCAGAAACAAUUGAAACGGAAUUUCGGCUUCUGGAUACCUAUUAAAAAAAACAAAGUUCACGUCGUAUCAAAAUUUCAGCCUGUCAGUAAGCAAGCUACGUUUCAGAGGUCCCUAAAAAUGACACUGAUAAUAGGGCAAUUGUUCUCACUGAUGCCUGUGACUGGUAUCUUCAGCAAUGACACCUCAAAUGUAAGAUUUGUCUACACGUCUUGGAGGUGUUUGUACGCUUUUCUGACGCUGUUUGGACAAUUCUUCAUGACGGUGAUGUGCAUCCAUAAAGUAGCUCAUACAACUACUUCACUCAAUGGGAAUGCUCCAGUAAUAUUCUACGGGACUACCUGCAUCACGAUGGUAAUGUUCUUCCACGUGGCCAGAUCCUGGCCUGGUCUGGUCAAACACAUCGCUAAGAACGAGGAGAUAGAUCCGAACUUCGAUCCGGUGUUAACAAAUAAAUGUAACAUCACUUGUGCUAUAGUACUAAUGUUGGCUUUACUGGAACACAUCUUAUCGUUGUUAUCAGCGUUUGCUGGAGCCAUGGUGUGUCACCCAAACAAAGCAUUUUAUGAGGGUUUCGUGACGCAUUCCUACCCGUGGGUGUUCAACGUACUGCGUUACUCUCCUCCUUUUGGAGCUAUUACUCAGUUCCUUCACUUCCAGGCUACUUUUAUAUGGAACUUCUCCGAUUUAUUUGUUAUAUGCAUGAGCUACUACCUCACCUCGCGACUCCAGCAUAUCAAUGGGAAGCUCCUGGCUGCACAAGGAAAGUAUUUACCCGAAGUGUUUUGGAAGACGACCCGUGAAGACUACUGCCGUGCCACACAGCUGGUCCGCCGAGUUGACGAAGUUAUCAGUGGCAUCGUGUUCAUCUCUUUCGCUAACAACCUAUUCUUCAUCUGCUUGCAACUGUUCAACACUUUGGAGGAUGGCAUUAAAGGCACUGGAGAAUGUAGCAGUCGAUCAAAGGCGACAUCUGUAAAACUUCUUGGAGGCUACGAAGCGGCUACUUAUUUUCUAUUCUCUUUGGUGUAUCUAAUCUCAAGAUCGAUAGCCGUUUCAUUGAUAGCCUCUCAAGUGAAUGCGGCGUCUAUGGUGCCGGCGCCAGUGCUGUAUGAGGUGCCAUCACCAGUAUACUGUGUUGAGGUCCAAAGAUUCUUGGACCAAGUCAACGGCGAUAACGUUGCAUUGAGUGGUCUUCAGUUCUUCAGCGUCACAAGAGGACUUCUCUUAUCAGUAGCUGGCACAAUAGUGACGUACGAGCUAGUGAUGGUCCAGUUUACGACGCCAUCGCCGCCGGCGGUCAGCAACUCAUCAUCAAUUAUGGCCAACCUGACAUCAACUGCGAUGCCUACGAUCACUACAGGAUAAAUAACCUCAAACAGUCUCAAAAAAAGUCA